AUGGCCAAGUUCUUUGCUUUAGUUUUUCUCGCACUUCUAGCCAUUUCCAUGCUGCAGAUCACGGUGAUGGCAGGUGGGCACCCUAAUAAGGGUGGGUAUGGUCCUGGCAGCCUGAAAAGCUCCCAAUGCCCUUCACAAUGCUCGAGAAGGUGUAGCCAGACACAGUACCACAAACCAUGCAUGUUCUUCUGUCAGAAGUGCUGCAGAAAGUGUCUCUGUGUGCCACCAGGUUAUUAUGGGAGUUCUGCUGAUGUUCCUGUAGAUGGAGUAAGUGACUUACAUGCAGCUGAAGAUCAUGUAUUUAUAGAUCACAAUGAAGAGGCACAUGCUAUAGAUCAUAAUGAGUCACAUGUGUCACCUCCAUAUGAUGCACUUGCUGAAGUACAACAUGAUGUACCUACUGAUGCAUCAUGUGUUGAUGAAGCCCCUGCUGAUUCACCCUAUGUUGAUAUACCACCAGCAAAUGCACCCCCUUUUCCUGUAGAAGAUCAUGUACCUACAGGCGGGCAAAAUACGAGUGAUCAGCCCAUAGGUAAAGAAUCAAUAGCGGACCUGCAUGAAUAUAAUGAGGCACAUAUUGCAUCCUCUGCAGAUGCACCACCGGAUGAUGCACCUGAUGUUGCUAAAAAUGUGGACUAUACCGACACUAGAGAAAGAAAUAAUGAGAUGGAAUUUGAAGAAGGCAUAGUGGAAGAGUUCAGUGAUUUAGAUUAUAAAUAG